AUGCGCGCUCGCCGCAAAGUACGUGAGGUGGCGAUGUCAUGCUGGGAUAUCUGGCAUAAAGAGUGGGCAAAUGGAAGUCUGAUCCCGGUGGACAACGGAAAGAGUAUACGGGUGCGGCACAAGCCACAAGCUGCCAUUCCGGGCUCUCCAUUGUCACCAGGCACGCCAAACACUCCAGCGUCUAACAAGAGACGCAGGACAAGUGCAUAA